AUUUUUAAAGCUCCAAGAAGAGAAGACCCCUAACCAGACUGAUAUAGACCAGUAAAUCUCUCUAAAACCCUAGCUAGACAAACCCUCUGUGUGUCACUUCCUCCACCGUCGCCGGCCGGAGUCUACUAUCUCACCGUCGUAAUCCGCCAUAUCUGUUCGGAAUGAGAAAACCAAAUAAAACACAGCGCUGUAAAAUAUGUGAAAAAGCAGAUUCAAAAUACAAAUGUCCCACUUGUCUCAUCCCUUAUUGUUCGCUAGUAUGUUUUAAGAAACAUAAAGAAAUUCCGUGUGGUAAACCAGUUUCUGCGCCCCAGAACGAUACAAGUACAACUGCUCCACCAGUUGAUGUUAAUAGACCAUGCUAUGUUGAUGUUGCUGAUGAUGUACUACCUGCGUCCCAACUAGAGUCCAUAGCUUCGUCUACGGAAAUACGUGAUGCUUUGAAGGACAAAAAUCUACAGAAACUCAUACACAGCAUAGAUUGUUCUGCUAACGCUGAGACUGAACUUGAUAAAGCAAUGGAACAGGAAGAGUUUCACUUAUUUACCGAAAAGAUUUUGUCAAUGAUAAACCGGCCUGUCGAUCAAUGACUAUAGGUAUAUGAACUAUGAAAUGACGUUUGAUGAGGAAUGUUGGCUCUUAAUAGAAAGCUUGCUUUAUGUAUUUUGUUAAGGGUUAUGUUAAUAUCUUAAACUUGUUAAUGGUUUAUGUUAUUAUCUUUCCAGUGUGGUUAAUUUGAAUAUUUACAGUUUUUUCAUAUUUUA